CGAAAGGAGUUGACAAAACCCACUCUAAGAAGUACAGCGAGAACGAGACGAGAGGUAGGGAUUGGCAUGUCCUCCGAUCAUCAUACGCGUUUUCCGUGAAAGAUUCGAAAAGAAAAUUCUGUCUGAACACACACACACACAGCCAUAUAUAAGUAUAUAAACCAAAAAUUAGUCGAAAAUUUCUUACCUCCCAAACACUUCCUCAGCUGAAGCUGGCACUUUGUAUUCAUCAAGAUCUUAACUUAUCUUCCUUGUACUUUUCUUGGCCGCUGUAACUUUCCCACGUUGAAUUGUUGAAGAAAUUAAAGGGUUACUCUGUUCCCUUCUGUUCUGUUCUUUUAUGUUUAUUUUUUUUCAGUAGAUCAAAUUUGAUCGUUGAUCAAUAGAUGUUUUGACUUUUUGAAUUCAUUUGGGUUCUCUUUUUUUUGUUUUUGUUUUCUCUGCUUGUAUAACAGAGUUUCAUUUUCUAUUGUUAUGUUAUGCUUGCUACAUAUAAAUCUUUGCUCUUUUUUGGGUUUGCCAUCAAUUACCGUUUCACUCCCUCAAUCUAACCUUUGAUUUUGAUUUUGAUUUUAGUGGGCAUCACUUGAUUUUGUUAUAUUUGUUGAUUUUAACAUCAAUUAUAGUUCAUUCUACAUAAUUAGAGCUUUGUUUUUUAUUUAUUUUAUUUGACGAUUUUUGAGUUAAUUUUUGACUUGAUUUUAGAUAAUUAGAGCUUUGGUUUUGAUUUAUUUUCUUUGACAAAUUUGGAGUUAAUUUUAGGUGGUUUGACUUGAGUAUGAUAUUGGGUUUAUGAUGAAAAAUCAGAUCUUAGUGAAUAGAAUUAGAUCUUAAUGUUGAAAGUAGAGGGAGUAUUGUGAAGGAAUUGAUUGUAGUACCAUAUGGGGAAUACUUGUGUUGGGCCAAGCAUUUCAAAAAAUGUUUUUUUUCAAUCAGUUUCGGCUGCAAUGUGGCGGUCCAAAUCACCGGACGACACAGCUUCUACUACUAAUGGUGAAACUGUCAAUGAGGCACAAUCUUCCUUGAAAGACCUAGAAUCACCUAUGCCAGUCCAAAGCAAACCACCAGAACAUGUGACAAUUCCGAAGCCGGGAUCAAAACAAGAGAAACCGGCAAAUCCCAAGAAGUCCCCACGUAUGAAGAGGGUGCCUAGUGGCCUUCGGAUCAAUUCAGUGUUGCAAACAAAAACUGGUAAUUUGAAGGAGUUUUUCAGUUUGGGGAAGAAAUUAGGACAAGGGCAAUUUGGAACCACAUUUCUUUGUGUGGAGAAAGCAACAGGGAAAGAGUAUGCUUGUAAAUCGAUUGCGAAGAGGAAGUUGAUAUCUGAUGAGGAUGUGGAGGAUGUGAGGAGGGAAAUUCAGAUAAUGCACCACUUGGCAGGGCAUCCAAAUGUUAUAUCAAUUAAAGGGGCUUAUGAGGAUGCAGUGGCAGUUCAUGUUGUUAUGGAGUUGUGUGCAGGGGGUGAGCUUUUCGAUAGAAUUAUUCAGCGCGGUCAUUAUUCCGAAAGAAAGGCUGCAGAGCUUACUAGGAUUAUUGUUGGGGUUGUUGAAACUUGCCAUUCUUUGGGAGUUAUGCAUCGAGACCUUAAGCCUGAGAAUUUUCUUUUAGUUGAUCAGAAGGAGGAUUCGCUUCUCAAAACAAUUGACUUCGGAUUAUCAAUAUUCUUCAAGCCAGGUGAAAAAUUUAAUGAUGUGGUUGGUAGCCCAUAUUAUGUUGCACCAGAAGUUUUACGAAAGCGCUAUGGUCCUGAAGCAGAUGUCUGGAGUGCAGGGGUUAUUGUCUACAUUUUGUUAAGUGGAGUACCUCCAUUCUGGGCCGAAAGCGAGCAAGGAAUAUUUGAAGAGGUCCUGCAUGGUAAUCUUGACUUCUCUUCAGAUCCUUGGCCAAGUAUUUCAGAAAGUGCAAAAGAUUUGGUGAGGAGAAUGCUUGUUCGAGACCCUAAAAAGCGGCCAACUGCACACGAAGUUCUCUGCCACCCUUGGGUUCAAGUGGAUGGUGUGGCUCCUGACAAACCUCUUGAUUCUGCAGUUCUAAGUCGCAUGAAACAAUUUUCUGCCAUGAACAAGCUCAAGAAAAUGGCUCUUAGAGUAAUUGCAGAAAAUCUAUCUGAAGAAGAAAUUGCUGGCCUGAAAGAAAUGUUCAAGAUGAUAGACACUGACAACAGUGGUCAAAUCACUUUUGAAGAACUCAAGGCUGGAUUAAAAAGAUUUGGUGCUAACCUUAAGGAGUCUGAAAUUUAUGAUCUGAUGCAAGCAGCGGAUGUUGACAACAGUGGAACAAUUGAUUAUGGGGAGUUCAUAGCUGCAACUUUGCAUCUAAACAAAGUUGAGAGACAAGAUCAUCUAUUUGCAGCUUUCUCAUACUUCGAUAAGGACGGAAGUGGCUAUAUCACUAUGGAUGAGCUUCAACAAGCUUGUGAGGAAUUUGGCGCAGAGGAUGUCCGCCUGGAAGAAAUGAUCCGAGAAGUUGAUCAGGACAAUGACGGACGCAUAGACUACAAUGAGUUUGUGGCCAUGAUGCAAAAAGGGAACGCUGGCAUUUGCGGGAUGAAGUGCCUAGAUAAGAGUUUCAGCAUUGGGUUCAAAGAUGCACCGAGAAUUUAGCAGCAUUGGCUUCCAUGAGGCUCUUGUUUCUUUGUUCUUUUUAAUCUUUAUUGUGACCAAAAAUACAUUCAUAGAGUUAGGAGGAGUGUAUUAUGUGUAUAUGCCGGAACACCAAUGCUCACUGAAGAAGCAGCCUGGCUCAUUCUGUGUACGCAUUUUGAAUUCAUUCAGAAUUCUCUUACAACUAAAUCCAGCUCUGUUAUGUUGUACACUAAGCAGAAGAAAAUUAUUAUUUUUCUUCUCAUCAUUAUUUUUGUUAAGUUUUGGAUA